AUGGGCCCAGGAAUUAUAGCUUCUCUUGUGCAAUAUCAGUAUCUGGUAGUUUACAGAGUUGGCAUGAAGCAGCACCUGGCCCCACAGUCUCCCAGCUCCUGCCAGAGCUGCUUCAGCUUCUCCAUGUCUUUGGCCAGGGUUAUUUAUCUACUUACAGGAUACUGGUACUUCUGGGCCAUUCUUUUGCUGAGUUUAUUUGGAAUCCUUGUUGCCUACACUUCAUUGCUAUUGAUACUUGGAGUUUUGUUGAUUUGGGAAGGUUAUGAACCAUACCUGUUCUUGUGUCAUAAGAUCCUGGUCAUACUAGCGGUUUUGGUAUGCACAUUUUUUCUGACGAUUUUAUGCGUUUUCUGGAAUGACAGGUGGCUGACAUUGGGGCUCUCACUGAAGGUCUUUGCUCCCCAUAUGCAUCUGACGAUGAUAACUCUGAUGGUUUUCCUUUCCUGGCCUGUGGCCUACUACUUGAUCCAUUUGGAACAAGAAGUUGCACAAGUGGUUAUUGGACUGCCUUUUUUUAUUAUCCUUUUAUUUCUGUUUGUGGUGCCAUGGGGAUUUUAUUCUCCCUGCGUUGAGAAUGAGAAUAAAUUGGGACCCAAGCCGAGCCUCUUUGGACAUAGAGGUGCACCCAUGCUGGCACCGGAGAACACCAUGAUGGCCUUUGAGAAAGCUGUUGAACACGGGGCCUUUGGGCUGGAGACUGAUGUAGUCUUAAGUAUUGAUGAGGUGCCUUUUCUCAUGCAUGACAAUAACUUAAGAAGAACAACCAAUAUCAGGGAUGUCAGGCCAAAUGAAUCCUAUUCAUCAAGUUCCUCCUUCUAUUGGGAUUUCCUGUCAACUCUGAAUGCUGGCGAAUGGUUUGUAAAUUCAUGGAGGAAGCCAUUUUACAAUAUGAAACCCUUAUCAGAGGCUGAUAAAGAAAAGGCAAAAAAUCAAAGGAUUCCAAAACUAAGUGAUUAUUUGGAAAUUGCACGGAAGACAAAUAACUAUGUGAUAUUUGAUAUUAAUGGCCCUCCACCAAAACAUCCUCUCAGAAAUACAUACAUACGUCGUGUAGUAGAUGUGAUCCUUGACUCUAAAAUUGAGCACCGUUUGGUUUAUUGGUUGCCUGGUUUUGAUAGGAGAUAUGUGAGGUGGAAAGCUCCUAAUUUUCGGCAUGUGGGCCGGUUACAAUCCAUUAAUGUACUUAAAAGAGAGAAUAUCAGUAUAAUAAAUGUUGACUACAAGUGGAUGUUCUACAACAGGUUGAAUGAUUAUAAAGCAGCUAACUUCAUCAUCAACUUAUAUAUCAUCAAUGAGCCUUGGCUCUUCUCACUGGCCUGGUGCUCCAGGAUUAACUCGGUGACCACAGACAACAUUGAGCUCCUGAGGCAGAUAAAUUACCCAUACUACUCCAUGACACCUAAGUACUAUGUGUUCCUGUGGGUUCUCCUGGAUUGUGUUUCUGCAGUUUUCAUUAUCGCCAUAUUUUAUUUUCAUUGGUGGAAAGAGGACCUAAGAGAACAAGUCUUCGAAAGAACCAGCAGUUACACAGGUAAAGUUGGGGGCCUACCUCACUGCUACCCAUUACUCUAG